GAUCUAUUCAGAAGUUCAAAUGAAUUGCAUGUUUGAAAUGAAAACAGUGAAAACACUUUGAUAUUUUAAAAAAUUCAAUCCAGAAGCGAAAAUGAAUAUAGCAAUAAAUAAAGAAGUGAGAAACUUGAUCGAACACAUCUUGGGAGAUAAGGACAAUCUAGAGUUGAUAAAUGCAAGGGAAAAGCAAGUUAUUUCCAAGCUAAAGAAGGGAGAUACUAUGUCUUUCGUGAACAAAAGAGAAAUGGACCUAUCUAUUCAAAAAAUGGCUGAAAAAUAUGAGUUUCAUGGUUUCUCCCCACAAGCUGAGUAUUUGAGGAAAAUGUAUGACAAAUACAUGGGUAAGAUUCCCAAACAAGAUCUGCACGCAUCACUGAACACACUCAGAUUUCUCUUGUACAUGUCUGAAAGCCCGACGAUAAAAUUCAUGGAAAACCCGGAAGAAUACCUAAUAGCACCUGAAGAAGACGAAAAAGAAGUCAUGAAUUGGGGUGAAUAUCUACUUGAAGGUAUAGAAAUAUACACACCGGAACAAUUCGAUGAUACAAGUGACGAAUCUAGUGGUUUUCAAACUCCGGUAGAGGAGAUAAAUGAAAUUGAGAAAAAAGAAUUUCAACCCAUCCUAGAAUCCGCUUCUAACGUCGGUCUCAGGAUGAAUUUCGAUGUAAAUCAGGAGCUUAAGUCGACAAUUCAGCACACGUGGUACAAUAUGGAUUAUUUUUCUGAAAAGCCAGCCAGUAUGAGGGAAGAAGCUAAUGUAGGAAUUUUAUGGGAAGAUUAUCUGGAAUCCGAAACACAUGGUUUACUGGGUUUAGACAAAAUCAGCUUCAUUUCGGAAUAUAAAGUGAUACGAGAAAUUAUCUGGCAAAUGUUCGGAAUGCACAAGUCGUUUGUCUUUUAUUUCAAGGGAAACGAACUCAACAUAAGAAGUGAUGUGUCUAUAGCCAGCGUAAGAAAUGUAACCUUCAACGCAUUCCUUCAGCAAUUUCUUCAGUAUAUAGAAUUAUUAGAAUUCUUCAGGACCUUUAUCGUUUCUACGCAAGAUUUAUGCCAAACAUAUGUUUGUUACGGAAUAGCUAUCAGAAAGAACAUUCUUGAACCAAUCUAUAAAAAACUCAUCGAUAUAGAAGAAAUUGUUCGAAAACAAGAGGAAACCUACACCUUAUUGAGAUUGGCGAAUGAUCUGGGUCCAAUUUUCGAACCAUUGCAGGUCCUGAAAGAACUGCACGACAAAAUAACGGUCUGUACAGAUACCCAUUCAGCCCUUUACUGCGCCACCAGCCUACUUUGUAACUUACAUUCGAGCCUGAGACAAUCUUCGUCGAAGUUGGAGAAUGACAUAAAAUUGACCUUGUACCUCGAGAGUUUGUUCAAGUAUUUCACCAUCAUCGAUUCCUGGUUGUCCAAGAACGAUUUCUUCGACGGGGACUUGGAGUUCGUUUUGGUCCAGACCAGUUCGACCCAGACUUUGGAGUAUAAGACUUGUCCUUUAUUGAGCGCUAGAAUCACUUAUGUUAUAAGCGAUGGUAUAAACGAAGGAUUUCAAGAAGACGGAGUGAUUAAGAUAAUUUGUACCAGAGUUUUGCAUAUUGCCAAUAAUAUCAGACUGUUAUUCCAUCUUAGGAAGUUUGAUUUUUACUACAGACACAAAGAAACACUGUACGAAGAAUUGGUGAAAAGGUUCUUGACGGAACUCUGUAGGUUUUUCAAGUAUCGAGAAACGGACGUUUUGGAGAAUCUAACAAAGGACGAAGAAGCUCAAGAACCGAAUAUUCUAACGGUGAAACAUCCGAUUAUCAGUGUGGAUAACUGCAGAAAAGCCACGGAAAUGGAUAAAUUGGAGAAUUUGGUCGAUACGAAUAACGGUUUCCUGAUGAAGGCAUUCGAAAAUUUCUGUUUCGUGAAUAAGCAGAACGUAGAAAGUGGAGGAACAACUAUGACAUUGCUAGAAAGGAUUUGCAAGAUUACAACCGGAUUGUUCCCCUUACGGAAUACCAUCGAGAGAAUAUUCCUGGACAUACUGAAGGAACGAUACAGCGUUUGUGGAUUGAUGGUCAAGAACACCCUUGUCGAAGAUCACCACCUGGACAAACUGUUCGAAUUUUUGAGGGCUCUGUUCCUCUUCAGCGACGCCUCUCUCUUUCCAUUUUUCCAACAAUUCUUCUUCGAGGUAAGGGACCGUUUAAAUCUCUUCCAAAUUCAUUUUCGCCCCUUUUUCCAGAUGGAAUUCCUACCAAAUUCCCCUUGGAGGUACAUGAGGUUAUCGUCGAAUCUCAAGGACUUGAUAUCGGAGAAGUACCCAUCGAUAUCAGCAAACUGCGAAGUUACGCUGAGGUCGAUCAGGGAGCAGAGCGCCGAUCCUCUGGAUAUCUGCGACAAUUUGAACAUCAAAGUGGUCUUGAGGUGGCCUCUGAGCGUUGUGGUGGCCGAUGAAGAGAUUGAGGUGUACAAUUCCAUCUUCCACUUCCUCGUCAAGCUGAAAUGGGCGUUGCAUGCCUUGAACAGCCUCAGCCUCAAAGAUAUCUUCGGAGGUGACAAUAAAAGUAGCAGUCGAUUGGUGAAGAACACGGUCAGAAAGUUACAGGUGUUCAGGUUCAGUCUGCUUCAACUCUUGAAUUUUAUACAUCAUUACGUCCUCUGCUUCUGUCUGAUGAAAUGUCUGAAGCAGUUCGAGUUGGAUUUCGAGAAAUCCAACGAUCUUGAUUCUGUGAUUAAGUCGCAUUGUGACUUUGUUGAAGAGAUUGAGAAUAUGGUCGCUUUUCUCAACGAUAAGAAGGACAAUCUCAGUUUUAAUUCGGUUCUUCAUUGCGUUAAAAUUUUGAAAUCCUCGUGGUACAAUUUGGAAAUGGCGUUGGACAGAAAAGUACUGGAUUCAACUCAUCAAUUGUAUGAAAAUUGCAAAGCUAGUAUAGAAUCCAGAGUGAAUAGAGUGUAUCUUAUGAGCUAUUGAUUGCUUUUUACGAUCGUUAAGUUAAUUUUUUACAAUUAGAUUAGUGUUGAUUGUGAGUUGUUGACAAUAAAUCUGAAAGAAAACUGA